AUGAAAUCGGAGAAAACUAGCUCAAAAGAUGAGGAGGAAGUGAAGAUGCGACAGACCCUUCAGAAACUGAACAACCAACAGGAUCAUCAGGAUCAUGCUCAAGGUCUAGCCGCUGGCUCACCUAACGCCGUAAAUCGCCUGAUGAAAGAGCUGCGGCUCAUCUAUCAUUCUGACACUUUUAAACAAAAUGUGUUCUCGUUGGACCUAGACGAUGAUUCGAUCUACAACUGGAAUGUUUCCCUCCACUCGGUGGACAAGGACAGUCGCCUGUAUGCCGAUAUGUUAAAGCUAAAGGAAAUCGAUGGCGAAGGUGCCAUCAAGCUGCAAUUUAUUUUCAACGAUAACUAUCCAUCUUCGCCACCCUUUGUACGUGUCGUCUACCCCUUCAUUAUGGGAGGUUUUGUCACACAGGGCGGAGCCAUUUGCAUGCAAUUGUUAACCAAUUCCGGUUGGACUUCCGCCUACACCGUCGAGUCACUGAUCAUACAAAUUGCCGCCGCACUGUCUCAACACGAUGGGCACAUCUUCUUCGACGCUCCGAAGUCUUUAUUUGACAAGUACUACAACCUGGAACACGCCCAGCGCAAUUUUAAAUUGGUCCAGAAGCUGCACAACUAACUAGCUUGGUCGGAAGUAGACAGACCCGAAAGCUAAACAGUCACAGUUUUGGAACUCUCCCUCUCUCCGUUCUGUAAUGAUUGCUAACGUCUGAUAUGAGUGAAUACAUUCCCUACAUAUGUUACGAAGAAUUUCUUUUGUUAGCUCAAAAAUUUGAAAACUGAUUUAAAAACCUGAAGGAAUAUUGAAUUUAUAU